CCGCGGGAGACUGGGAAGGGGCGUCCCGGCCCCGCCGCGGACGGGGACACCCAGGGCAGGGGGGCGGAGCGGCCGCUCACCCGCACCGCGGCGGGGCUGAGGGGAGCCGGGGGGCGCGAUGCCGCCGGAGGGUCCGCGCGUCCCCUCGCCCCGUCGCCUCGCCCCGUCCCCUCGCGGUGGGAAGCGGCGCCCCCAUCCAGCGGCGCCCGGGCGGGACCACCGCUGCCCGUCCCGGGAUUUUUAUCGUUGAAGAAUUAAAAAUGGUGACCUGGGCGCGGAACCCACUGGGGCUGCCAGGCCCAGCCCCGCCUCCCCGGGCCUGGGCGCGGGGGCGGCGGCGCGCUUAUCCCGGGACGGGGCCGCAUCGGCGGGGUCCUUGUGACGGCCGGCGGCGCCGCGGGCAGGACAUGAUAGGUAGAAAAGAAUCCUGCACUUCAGGACAGAUGCUGAUGACCGACCUAAACUGCCUUGCCUAUGCACUGGAAGAAUGGAUGGUUGUGGAGUACCUGAAGAAAUACUUUUUUCAUGUGGUCAUAGUCUCACUGACAAUAAGUGCAAUAUUAGUUUUUUUUAUAGUUCCUUUAACAAUACUCUUUUUCAUUUACCUUACUAAUAUAUUGCUUCUAAUAUAUCGGAAGAAUGGUGAAGUAAAAGCAGAUCCCUUGAGUGAUGUUUGGGAUGGUGCAAGGAAAACUAUAGCAAGCUUUUGGGAUAUAUAUGCAAGAAUAUGGCAUGGUUAUGAGCUUCAUGGUGUGGAAAACCUACCAGAAGGACCAGGCAUUCUUGUGUAUUACCAUGGAGCUAUUCCUAUAGACUACCUUUACUUUUUGUCUAGGCUGUUUCUUUGGAAGAAAAGACUUUGUCUGUCAGUAGCUGAUCAUUUUGUCUUUCGUUUACCAGGACUUAAAUUAUUAUUGGAAGUGACAGGUGUUAUGCCAGGUACAAGGGAGGAGUGUCUCAUUGCACUGAAGAAUGGACACCUGGUGUCCAUCUCACCAGGUGGAGUUAGAGAAGCACUAUUCAGUGAUGAGAGUUAUCAACUCAUGUGGGGCAAUCGAAAAGGAUUUGCCCAGGUUGCUUUGGAUGCAAAAGUGCCCAUCAUUCCAAUGUAUACGCAAAAUGUCCGGGAAGGAUAUAGGAUGUUUAAAGAAAGAAGAUUUUUUAGACAGUUGUAUGAAAGUACUCGAUUGCCAUUUACUCCUCCAUACGGAGGACUUCCGGUUAAAUUUCGCACGUACAUUGGGGAGCCAAUCCCUUACGAUCCAGAUAUAACUACAGAGGAAUUAGUUGAAAAGACAAAGACUGCUGUCCAGGCUCUCAUAAGCAAGCACCAAACAAUCCCAGGCAGUAUAUGGAAGGCUUUAUUGGAGCGAUUUGAUAAACAUCGUAAACGUGAUUAGAAUGCUUGUUUAUUUCAUUGUUUUUCCAGCAUGCAGUAAAAAAACAAUGUCCUGCGGUACUGAUGACUAAUAAUUGGUGUUGAACCAGUUUAAUUUACAAGUUUCUACAGAUCUGACAGAAGAAAACAAUUAACCUCUUGAAGGUUCCCCUGUGCCUUUGAGGAUAUUCUGAAGUUAGAAAGACUGAAGAAGAAAAUAUGUAUAAUAGCAAUGCAACAGCUGAAUUCCCCAAAAGGAAACAAUGUAGCUGGGAUUUGCCUGGUUCUUAAAACAAGUAUGUAUGUAUAUACAUCUGAGAGCCUCAGAAGUUUUAUCUAGAUUGUGGGUUUAUGUUUUGAGCAGUUCAUGGUCCAGUCUCGGAGUACAAGCUCAGAGUGCAACUUGGAGGUCCCACAAGUCCACCCCUUGGUGGGCACCUUCCCUGUUGGACCUCAUGUAAGACAGUGUCAGAAGAGAAACUGGCUCACUUUAGCUAAUGAUCUGCUGCUUAGGCCAUUUGUCUAGAGAGGUUAUACAAAGAGAAGUAAUCCCAUUAAACCAGAUAGCUACUAGACUCCUACAAGGACAUCAGCUUAGUGGUUUGGUACCCUGGAAAAUAGGAAUGCUACAUCCAAGACUUUGCUCCAACAGAAAAAAGAAAAGUCUCUCAAAGAGAGGAAAAAAACCCAACAAAAAACCAAAAACCCAACCUUAGUUAAGUGUAGCACUAUGCAAAUACAUGUAGACAGUAGUUUCAAGCCUGAGCUGGUACAUUCAUGCACUAUUGCACCAUACAAUACUGGUUUAGUAGCUGAAGCUGCCCCCAGCCUGAGAGUUCUUGCAUUGUAGUGUGUUUGCAGUACAGAUGUGCUGUACUCACCCAGAUCUCCCAGGGAGCGGGCUGGGGGGAGCCUACUUAGGUAAUGCAACCCCAAUACUCAUCAUCACUGGUGGUUUGCCUGAAAAUGCGGUACUACAACACUGUCGUCCUCAUAUGGAUUGAACCUAAAGGCCUGUUCGGAAAGGUGGACGUAGGCAGCAUUGUCUUCCCAAUGCAACUUGCAGAAUAGCAAAACUCGCUACAAAGCAGAAUGUAUUUUUACAGGCGGUGGGAUAUUUUACUGGUGGGGGUGGGAGAACUUUGUGCAAUCUAUCCAAUGUGCCACUAAAUGCAACAAAGUCUGUUAAGUUCAAACACCAAGAAAGGUAUUUUUUGUGUCUUGUUUUUCCUUCUUGUACUUCUAAUAUCUGUAUAAUCUUUUCCCUCAACAUCCUAAAACUUUAUGUAGCAUCUAAGGAAAUAGAUACAAUGUUUGCCCAUUUUCACUAGAAAGCUAAAUCUACUCUUUGGAUUAAAAUUAAUUCUUCCUCUUUC